GGCAAAUUUGUAGGUACUAAUGUAGCCCAGAAAUAUAGAGGUUCAUGUUGUUUAGAGAUUGACUGGAAUAUAAGUAAUAAAAACCUGUGAAAUAAAUGGAGGGAGGGCCAUCCACUGAAGAGAAGCCAAGCACAGAUGAAUGGCCGCUGGAGAGGGCGGAGGCUGCAGUUCAACAGCUCUAUGAGUUCAGAGACCACUACUUUGAACACAAUUCUAUCGAGAAGGCUCCUCUAAAGAAGAAAGAAACUGAACUAAAGUUAAAAGAGACUCUGAACAUUCUGGACUAUGUACAGGCUCAAUGUGAAGAAACAGCUAAAUGUCUAUUUUUGCGAGGGAAAGCCUUGAAUGUGAUGCCUGAUUAUGAUCCUUUGGCUCAAGAUUCUCUAUCAAAAGCAGUCAAGCUGGAUCCUAACCUAGUUGAAGCUUGGAAUUGUCUGGGAGAGUGUUACUGGAAGAGUGGACAAGUCGAGGCAGCCAGAAACUGUUUUGUCGGAGCAUUAAAUCAUGGAAAGAGCAAGGAGUCUUUGAGGAACUUGUCAAUGGUGUUACGACAGAUUGGGAAAGAUCAAGGUGAAAAAGUAGAAAAUAUCAAAAUGAGUGUAGAAAAAGCAAAAGAAGCAGUGCAGUGUGAUGUUAAAGAUGGAAUUUCAUGGUACGUACUUGGCAAUGCCUAUCUCUCCCUCUUCUUUUGUGGAUCACAAUCUCCUCAGCUGAUCAAGCAGUGUAUGACUGCAUAUUCACAAGCGUAUAAAGAUCCUGUGGCUCAGAACAACCCAGAUCUACACUUUAAUAGAGCAAUGGCAUACAAGUACCAGGAGGAAUAUAAAUUAGCCAUAGAUGGCUUCAAGAGGGCUGGCAUUUUAGACCCAGGUUGGAUCGAACCUUGUGAUGAGAAACUUAAGCUGAUGAACAUCUUAACAAAAACAAUCGACCUUGUAGAGGGAAAGGGUAAAUUGAAAGGCAAGAGGCUCCAUUCCAUGGUUCAGUCCUUGGGUCCAUCAGAUUUGGGCCCAUAUGGAGGUGGCAGUUACACCAGUCCAUCAGGCCAAACAGUCCAGCUUAAUCAUAUUCCAGUCUCCAAACUGGUUUCUGGCUCAAAUUAUAAUACAGUGAUUGUGGGAAAAGUUGUCGGCUCUGUUCCAAUGGAUGAUCCAGUACCAUAUAUCUUUGCCAUGGUGGACUGUGAAGAUUGUUGUUUACCAGUUACUGUUUACAACAUGGCAGCAGGAGCUGGGUUUGCAGUUGGUGACUCUGUUGCUAUCCCUGAACCUUUCUGUCAGGAAACUGAUUUCUCUGAAACUAGCACAAUAUUCAAGUUUACUUCAAUUCGUGUGGACAACCCGGUAGUUUUGGUGGUAAACAAGAAGAAACUUGGCUCUGACAGGCUAGCUCCAUCAACUCUACUGGUUUCUACAAAAAGCGAGUGAUUGAUCCACAGAAUAUCUUUCGUGAAGAGGAAAAAUAUUUCCAGAGGUGGACUGGUUAGAUACGACAACACAAUUUGAACAGCUUUCAUUUCUAAUUUAUAAUUUAUUGAGUUAGGGGUAUGAAUAAUCUGCCGAAGACAGCAGCCACUUUUUUCAGCAUAAUUACCGCCUCUAGCCAUCACAUGUACAUUUGUACCACUAUAUGAACAUUUUAUCCGAGGAAUUUCUAUUAUCUAUUUUAUUCAAACAGAUGGAAUGUGUGUUUUCACUGGUUAUGCGGGGAAAACAUCAGAUUUCUCCUCACACAUCAUUACUUGAUGAAUACCUCAAUCUUUCUUUUAAAGAAAUUCACAGUGAUUCAGAAGGUGAAUUAAGACUGUCGAGCUUCGGAAUAGUAAGGAUUCGGAGGAAGAAAAUUACUGAAAUCCCACCUGACAAUGGAGGACCCAUAUUAGUGUGUAACUGGGGUAUUUUUUACAAAUAUUCUUAAAAGGAAAGGGCAUGUGACUGUUUAUUAUUUUCUUGAAAACGCUGCAGAAUUCGCAAGAAAUCGAAACUGAUCUAUUCAAUUAACCUCGAUUUGUGAAAGAGUAUGUAACGGUUGGCGCCUCGAAAUACGCGGACACUAUGUUUUGUUUUAGUUUUCAUCGUGGAAAGCGAUCGUGCGGAGUAGACAACAUGAUUUGUAAAAAGUUUUCGUAUUCUUAAUUUUAUUCAUGAAGCUCUCCUGUAACAUCUGCAACCGAUCUGCGACGAUUAAAAUGCUACCAUGGUGAUUAUUUUAAA